AUGGUCGCUACCCCGCUCCUCCUCCGCCCGCAAGGUCUCCGCCCAUUGCUCUGCGACUCCGUCACCUCUUCCCCUGUUUCUCCCAAGGACUGGUCCUUCUCGCAGUACGAGCGCGAUGCGCGCAACCCGGUGGUCUCCCGCGGCAGGGUAAAUCCCAAGAUCUGGCGACAAAUUAGCACGGGCAGCAUACUGGGUCUGGUUGGCGGCCUGGCUGUCAGCGUCUUCUCCAAGCCACUGGCGUUGCUUAUCGGUCUGCUGGUAUUUGGCGUACAGUUCAUCGAAUCGCGAGGUAUUCAUAUCAUCCCGUACAACAGCAUCCAGAAAUAUUUCAAGAGGAUGGACCUGCGCUCGGCAAUGCAGGACAACGUCGCUUUGAAGCUGUCUUUUGGCGCAACCUUUGCUCUUGCAGGCUUUGCCGAAUUCUGA